AAGUUCAAGAUAUAGAAAGUGGUAUUGAUAAAGAAAAUCGUGAUGUAGGUGAUGAGAGUGUAGAAGGAACUUAUCCCAUAGCACCAAAAUUAACUCAAAAAAUAAACUGUGAUAAUAUAAUCCAAUAUUGGAUACCUGAUAACUAUAUAAUUGAAACAGAAGUUGCUGAAAAAAAAGUUAAAUGUGAAACAAAAUGGGAAUCCAAUUCAAAAUAA